UCCUGCUACGGAAUGAUAUGAAUGAUAGCAGGAGUUAGUUCGUGUGGAAAGAAAGCAACAUAUCAUCGAGAAGUGAUGGUGGAUAGGUGAGGCGGCGGGGGUGACCGGAAUCGUUAGUGGCAUACAGUAGUGCUCUUGGUGGUGAUAUUGCACAUUGAAAUAGGUCGGACAUCGAAUCUGCUGCUCGCUGCGUGUACUGUUCCGAAUCGGACGAGGUGGUACGAGAGGACCGUGUGUUUUGUGUGUCGCGAAACGUCGUCGUAUACGCGCCCGGACACAUUGCAAGAGCCCAGUAUCCCCGUCCAAGGAAGAUUGCAAACAGCCGAGGAUUUAGCCGGUACCUACAGAUUGGAAGCCGUAUCGGACGUCUGGGAUGGAAGCGUCGGCCGCUGGCUAUGCCGAUUGUUUCGGCAGCGGCGGACCGAACCUGAUCGGCGUGGGCGGUGUGCCUCCGGCCGUAAUGCACUUGACGACCGGCAGCAACUCCUGUGACGGUGGAGCGAAUGCAUGCAGCAAUGGCACGGCGCAGUGCAACGGUGGGGGCACGGGCCCAAAGGAGGACCUGGGCGAUAUGACCUUCUACAUGCCGAACUUUGCGCGCGAGGUACUGAAGAUGAUGUUCAUGAUGCGCUCGCACCACAUGCUGACGGACGUGACGCUCGAGGUGGAGCAGGAGACGUUUCACGCGCACAAGGUCGUCCUGUCGGCGGCCAGCCCCUACUUUAAGGCCAUGUUCACCGGUGGACUGAAGGAGUGUGAGAUGGAGCGGGUGAAGCUGCAGGGCGUUUGCCCGACCGCGAUGGCGCGCAUCCUGUUCUUCAUGUACACCGGCCAGAUCCGCGUGACGGAGCUGACCGUGUGCCAGCUGCUGCCGGCGGCCACCAUGUUUCAGGUGCCGAAUGUGAUAGACGCGUGCUGUGACUUCCUGGAGCGCCAGCUCGACCCAACCAACGCCAUCGGGAUCGCCAACUUCGCCGAGCAGCAUGGCUGCGAGACGCUGCGCCAAAAGGCGAACCAGUUUAUCGAACGUAAUUUUACACAAAUUUGCCGCGAGGAGGAAUUCCUGCAACUAUCUGUGAUGCAACUGAUAUGUCUGAUCCGCAAGGAUGAACUGAACGUGCAAGGCGAGCGGGACGUGUACGAUGCGGUACUGAAGUGGGUCAAGUACGACGAAGACAACCGGUAUCCGAAGAUGGAGAGCAUCCUGUCGGCCGUUCGCUGCCAGCUGCUGACGCCCAACUUCCUCAAGGAGCAGAUGAAGAACUGUGAGGUGCUCCGACGGGCGCCCGGAUGUCGGGAGUAUCUGGCGAAGAUCUUUCAGGAUCUGACGCUCCACAAGCGACCGGCGGUCCGUGAGCGUAAGCCCAACACGACAAGGAUGAUCUUCGUUGCCGGUGGCUACUACAAACAUUCCCUCGACAUGCUCGAAGGCUACAACGUGGAUGACAAGGUGUGGCUAACACUGCCCAAGCUGACCGUACCGCGGUCCGGGCUGGGAGCGGCCUUUCUGAAGGGCACGUUCUACGCCGUUGGAGGUCGAAAUAACUCACCCGGCUCGUCGUACGAUUCCGACUGGGUCGAUCGGUACAAUCCGGUAACGGAAACGUGGCGUCCGUGUUCGCCGAUGUCGGUGCCACGGAAUCGGGUCGGUGUGGCUGUCAUGGACGAACUGCUGUACGCGGUUGGUGGUUCGUCGGGUUCGGACUAUCACAACACGGUCGAGUAUUACGAUCCAGAAACGGACCGCUGGACGCUAGUGCAACCUAUGCAAUCCAAACGGCUUGGUGUUGGCGUGGCCGUCGUCAACCGGCUACUGUACGCGAUCGGUGGUUUUGAUGGCAAAACACGCCUCGCUUCGGUCGAGUGCUACCAUCCGGAGAACAACGCCUGGACGCUGGUACCGCCGAUGCACUACGGGCGCAGUGGUGCCGGUGUGGCCGCCCUGCACCAGUACAUUUACGUGGUGGGCGGUUUCGACGGUACGCGCCAGCUCGCCUCGGUCGAGCGGUACGACACGGAGCAGCAGUGCUGGGACAUGGUGGCCCCGGUACGCAUCGCCCGCAGUGCUCUCUCACUGACCGUCCUCGAUGGGCGACUGUACGCGAUCGGGGGCUACGAUGGGCAAGACUUUCUCACCAUCGUCGAGGUGUACGAUCCGACGCGGGACGUCUGGGACGAGGGUACACCGCUAACGUCUGGCCGGAGUGGGCACGCGUCCGCCGUCAUCUACACACCCUCGUGCAUUUCCAGCUACAUGGAAGGGCUAUACCUUGGCGAGGAAAAGCGCAACGAUGUCAGCGGCACACAACCACCCCCGCCAGCACCCCCAGGAGGAGGGUCUUCGUGUUUGUCCUCCUCGUCGUCGUCAUCGUCGCGGUCAUUGGGGAACAAUGCGGGAGGUGGUGGAGCGCAGGGAGGCGGUGCAAGUAGAGCUGCGGGUAGUGGAGAAGGUUCGUGCGCACACGAGGAUGGUGGGGAACAGCGAUGCGUAGAUACCGGACGGCAUGGAAUGUUAACGAACGAAGGUGAUGAAGUAGAAGCAGAAGAAGAUGAAAAUGACGAACAGUUUGCCAUGGACACCGAUUCUAGUCAAGAGGAAUGUGAUAAGGACACGGGAGACGAUGGAGGAGAACGCUUGCCUUCGGAAGGCACUCCAUCUUCAUCUUCUUCUCCCCCUCCGCCACCCGCUGGUUGCCCCUCGCUGGAACCGUCUCUCUUUCCACCGACCACCCCACUGUUGCCACAGUUCGCCGCAGCCCAGACUGACUCAAACAUGUCACAGUUCCGGCUUCCGCGACGAUCGCUUCUCGUGCAUCCUUGCCGACGGACGAAAAGGUGCGGUGGUAAAAUCGGUGGCCUUAGGCGUACCGGUUCCGAAGGCAACAAGUACACGCUCACCCUAGCCACCGCACAGGAGUCGUCGGAGAAAAAAUCUCCACCACCGGAGGACAGCGGGGCAACGUCGAGCUUUUGUGGGAAAAGUAAACGGAAAGCGUCACUUAGCGGCACGGCUGGGGACGAUCAUUGUCCGCUGGUGCGGCUUAAGAAGCGUAUCACGUGCUUUGUCUCAGCCAUCGUUUCCCCACACUGCACCUCCCCGAGCGCCGCACUGCCCGCUCCAACGUUAACCGGAGAUCGAUCAACCAGCAACGAGGGUGUCCUUCCUACCACGCCCGCAAUAGUUCUUUCCAGUUCCGAGGAGCUUCGGGCCGUCGCUGAUCGACGUGCGUCGCUUCCACAGGGACCACCAUCCUCCUCCUCAUCACCAUCAUCGUUGGUGGCCAACAAAACCGCUAGCGCAAACGGUGCUGAUGGAGUUAGUGGUAGUUCCUCACCGCUCUUGUUCGAUCACCAGCGAUCAUCCCCGAGCGCCAAAUUAUGACACACCAUGCCGCCAUCCCAAUGUUGAACGCCACUCUCGUAGCAAGCAGGGCACUUCCCUUAUAGUUAGGAAAGUGCACAGUGAACCAAAACCGUGCAAACACAAGAAUAUUAAGGAAAAUUAGCUGUCGAUCUAGCAUGAAUCUGAAAGCGAAUCGAAACUUCCCCCCGCCUCCGACAUGAAUGAAUGCAAACGAACGCAUCUCGAUUAGAAAUCGUAACCGACGAUGACACUUUGACUCCCUCCGAUGGAUCGCACGUGCAACGACAUUCCUUCGAAGCAAUCGAUUGAGUUAAGUUGGCCAAUCUUUACCUAAUCUUUUUGUGCGUUUCAUUCUGCCAACCAAAUUCCCAAACGCGUUACGCUAAGCGGUGGUACCGUUUUUAGCUAGCUGUUAUUCCAAUAGAGAUCCUAAGAAAACGAAGAGUUGCAUGUGCGCUUACCAUCUUCUUUACCCUUCCCCCCCAACCCCAGCCAACCCACCCAUGCGCCUUCCCUGAGAACGCAACGGAACAAAAACAGAUACCAAUAGAAUGACCAGAGCUAAAGAUGAGGCCUGCAGCCGUUGGAGCUUUCCACUGAUUAGUCUACUUACGUGCAAGUCCAAAAGUGUAGAAUAGUAGUUUAAAAGCAGGUUACGAAACGAUCGAAAAUCACAAAACAAUCAGUAGAAACCGUUGUAGAAGCUUGAACAAAUAAUGGAAGUUGUAGAGAAUAACUGCCCGCGAUCGAUGUGUGUAUCGGUUUGUCUUAUACCAUGUAUAAGACCGAUAGGCGUACGAUGCAAACCGGAACGGAUUUUAUUUGGUCUUCUUCAGGGUACCGCAUAGAGAUAGAAAAAAAAAUAAUAAGAAAACCAAGCAUACCACAUGGUACGAAGCCUUUUCUGCUCUUCCGCCUUCUUCUUCCUUUCGGCAAAGGCGUGUGUCCUUUUCCCUUCUACCCGCCAGCAAACGCAACGUAACAGUUGUCCCUCCCUAGGGGGAGGGAUUUUGUUUUUAGAAGAAUUUCCGUUAGGUUUUUACUAUUAUUAUUUUUAAUAAUAAAACUGAAGUGUAACAUUUA